AAGGAGGAAGGUCUUCUCCUCCUCUUCUCAUUUUCCUCCUUGUUUCCUCAAGACUUGGCCAAGUUCGCGUCUCUCAUUCACGUCUCGCCUGCCUUCCACAGUGCAAGUGUGUGACGAAGAGAUAGAACUAAACUUUUGCAUCCAGUCGAAUUCGACAACGAAAUACGUUUUAUUUGUUUGGACACAGACGACAGCAGCAGCAGCUUGCAGCGAAGAUGAUCUUCGCGUGGGUGCUUUUGGCGGCGACGUCGCUCGCCUUCGCCGACGAACAGGCUGGAGUGCAAUUCAGUUUGGGCGCCAGCGUCGCUUCAUCGCCUUCCGGUUCCGGUUCGGACAUUUCGUUCCGAGAUGAUCCGGAACAGAGGACUUAUCAGAACGUCGAGGAGCCCUACACCCUCGACUUCAACUACCACAACUACGACCAGAUGACCACCUUCUUGCGCCAGACCAGCGCCAAGUUCCCAUCGUUGACCGCCCUUUAUUCCAUAGGAAAAUCCGUGCAAGGACGCGAUCUGUGGGUGAUGGUCGUCUCCGCAUCUCCGUACGAACACAUGAUCGGAAAGCCGGAUGUGAAGUACAUAGGCAACAUCCACGGUAACGAGGCCGUGAGCAGGGAGCUCCUGCUUCACUUGAUCCAUUAUCUGAUAACCGGAUACAGCACGGAUCCAUAUGUUCGUUGGCUGCUGGAGAACACCAGGAUCCACAUAAUGCCGUCGAUGAAUCCGGACGGAUUCGAGGUGUCGAAGGAGGGCGCGUGCGAGGGCGGUCAAGGGCGCUACAACGCGCUCGGAUUCGAUCUGAACCGGAACUUCCCCGACUAUUUCAAGCAGAACAACCGCCGUACCCAGCCGGAGACGAAGGCCGUCAAAGAAUGGGUGUCGAAGAUUCAAUUCGUACUCUCCGGAAGUCUGCACGGAGGCGCACUCGUCGCCAGCUACCCCUUCGACAACACCCCCAACUCCCGUAUUUGCAGGUCUUCGGCCUUGUGCUCGCUGUUCCAAAGUUAUGCUUCGGCGCCGUCUCUGACCCCCGACGAUGACGUCUUCAAGCAUCUCUCGCUGACGUACUCCACGAACCACGCAAAGAUGAGUAAAGGCGUCGCGUGCAAACCGUCCGCUUCCGGAUUCCAAAGGGGUAUUACUAACGGCGCUGCCUGGUAUCCGUUGACCGGUGGCAUGCAAGAUUACAACUACGUCUGGUACGGAUGCAUGGAGGUGACCCUGGAGAUCUCGUGCUGCAAAUUCCCGUCGGCUCGCGAAUUGCCCAGAUAUUGGGAGGAUAACAAAUUGGCACUGAUCAAGUUCUUGGCGGAGGCGCACCGCGGUGUGCACGGUUUCGUCAUGGACGAGAACGGCAACCCGAUCGAGAAGGCCGCACUCAAGAUCAAGACUCGCGACGCUGGCUUCAAGAGUACCAAGUACGGAGAGUUCUGGAGGAUUCUGCUUCCGGGAGUGUACAAACUUGAGGUUUACGCCGAUGGUUAUGUACCUAGGGAGGUCGAGUUCAUGGUCGUGGCCGAACACCCGACCCUUCUGAACGUCACCAUGCAUCCUGCCAAGGUAGGUUCGAGGAAGGACGGGCCCUUCUAUAGGCCGGGCGGUCUUCCGCAGCAGCCGCUCUACCAUCACGGCCCCGUCUCUCAGCAGCAGCAGGCACAGGAAUCCGGUCUCUUCUCGUCGAUAUCCAGCGGAUUCAACAACCUCGUCACCAAUAUCUUUGGAUAAACAAACACCACCACUACCUAUCUACCAACACCUCGUUUCUAACAACAAACAAAAAAAAAA